ACCGUAGCAUAAUUUGUGGUCGAAAUUUUCUUUUCUCAUGACGUAAUGCUGGUUGCGUAAUCUGUUACAUAAAUGAUAAAAACCAUUUUGUACAACGGGGUUCUUAUCGUGUAAUCCCCUACCCUAUCUGGGACCAACUAGAACUGCCUAUUUUAGCUCAAAACGACGAAGGGAGGACUUAGAUAUCACACAUCUCAUCAUUUUUGUUCUCUCCGACUCCGUGCUCCAGUCAGUCAGUACAGCUAUGGCAAAAGUUACAACAAUUUCACUUGUUGAAAGCAACAUCAACCCGAACGGUGUGAUGCUGGUUCAUUCUGAGAGAACAAACACUCCAGAAGAUCCUACAGAUCUGGUUGAACUAGCUCGACAAGUACAGAAGGCAGAUGAAUUUGUGAGGGCCAAUGCCGGAAAUCGAUUGAUGACGAUUGCUGAACAGAUCCGUCAUCUCCAGGAGCAAGCCAAGAAGGUGUUGGAAGAAGCGAAGAGAGAUGCAGAACUUCACCACGCAGCUUGCAACAUCAAGAAAAGACCAGGACAUCAGUAUUAUCUUUACAUGAGGGACUCAGGACAGAAAUACUUCUCUAUUCUAUCCCCUGAGGAGUGGGGAAGCAGCUGUCCUCAUGAAUACUUAGGAUGUUACAAACUUGAACACGACAUGUCAUGGACGCCGGAGAAGGAUAUACGCAAGAGAGGCGAGGAAAUUGCUCUGAUCGACAAACUCCUCUCAAGCCAGGCCAGUAUUACCUACGACCCCCAGCCAAACUUUGACGGAAUUAUCCCAAUUAAAGCGAGUGACGCCCCUCGGGUCCGCCAGGCAGAGAGCAUGGACGACAGCUAGAAAGAGUCGGGAUGAAUCUUUAGACAACAGUUGAACAAUAUCCAUACAAGAGCUGUCAUAAUGCUUUGGUGAAAAAAUAUGGAGUGAAAUAUUUUGAUGAUCCAUUUACAGGUACAUGUAUGAUCCAUCUCCCAUGUUUGUAGGAUCAUUUUCUGCUUAUAUGUAUAAGCAGUGGCAUAUUCACAGUGGCCCAUAUUCUGAAGUCGGGUUUAACUUAAACUCAGGUUUAAAGUUAUGGUUUAAGUAUGGACAGCCAAUUGUUACAUAAAUCACUAACAGUAGAGACAUCAUAUUUCAGCUCAUUUGGCUCUCCAAUCAUUCAUAAUUAUCUAGGAAGUAUAUAUAGAUUAUUGUCUUCACCAUCGAUGAAUCAGGAAAGAGCACAGUAAACAUAAGAAAUGUACAACUUAAUAAAAAAAAAUUGAUACUUUUGGCUUCCCAUACUUAAACCACAACUUUAAACCUGAGUCUAAGUUAAACCUGACUUCAGAAUACGGGCCAUUGAGUCUAAUAUUGAGGCGGCAUUAUCCAAUGUAAAGGAGUGAGAUUUCUUUAUGCCCCCCAAAACAAACUUUUGAAAGUAAAAAUCUUAUUUUGUGACAAUUUUUAACAUAAUAUCCAGAAAAUAAUUGCAUACAUUAUUUUUAUACUUUUCUCUUACAUAUACAUGUCCUUUCAUUUUCAUCUUAUUGUUUCUCAAUCUGGGAUUUAUUCAUUUAUUUAUUUUUAUUUUUUAUUUAUUUAUUUUUUUGGGGGGAGGCUAGUGACCCGAACCCCAAUCUGUAUGCCAAUUCGAAAUGCUACCAUGGUCAUUGAUAAGUGGUUUUCUUAUAUAGUUAUCAGACUCUGAAUUGCUCAACCUAUUGAUUAAUUAAUUCUGUAAUAGGUUUUGAACAAGGAUUCUGGAGUUAAGCUGGACCAUUCAGUAGGCAAUGUGUCAAAGCUUGCAUCAAAUGAACCAUUGUCAGUGAUAGAAGUCUUUAGGCAUCGGUCAGUCCUCAGGUUGAUUUAACCGACAUCUAAUUUAACCAGGGCUGCACGAUAUUGUGUAUUUGGGAAUUUAAUCAUUAACAGCUGUAGAAACCAGAAUUUGGCAAUCUAUGUCGUUAUCCACAAUAAAAGUAAAACAUUUUCAAGUAAUUUUCACUCAUUAUUUUUUACAACUAAGACUAGAGAUGGUGGAAUGAAAAAUUGGUUAGGGUUGACAUUUUUUUGUAACCCUUUCCACGGACCUCUAUACAUUCUAAAGACACACUGGCAUUUCCAUAAAUUGGUUCUUCCAGCCCCCUACUUCACCUAACUGAGAUCAUGUCAUUCUUUUAUAUGAACUAGAGAGAUCAUUUUUGGAAGGCCCCACAUACAUGAACAGGGGUUCGGACGUACCGAUCUUAUGGAAUUCUCACUAUUGGCAAUUACCAGAAGUUCCUGGAUUUAUACAUCAUGUUUCAUAUUUUGUUUCUUUGAUUAUUUUUUUAUUAAUCAGCUGGUCACAAAGUUAAACGAUCACUUUAAAAAACAUUCACUUUUACACUAUUUAUGGAUAUGUGUCAUCAUACUGCACAUUUGUGUGUAGGGGACAAGAUUGUGUUAUCUGUGAUUGAUUAAGCAUUGCUUGGAAAUUAAAUAGCAAUACAUGUAUUUUUAAUCUUUUAAUAGUUCAAAGCUAUUUAAUCAUUUGGCAGAUCACCAUUUGAAGACCUUUUUCUUUGCUUAGAAAGUUGACCCUCCCGUAUAUUGGAAAAGAAAAAUAAGUAAAUAAAUGUUCUAAUAACAUGAUCCAUACGACCAUACAAGUCCCUGUCUGCUGUGCAAACCCUGAAUUCGAGUUAAGGGUCUGAAUGUGCAGCCCUUAAUUGAAACAGCAAGUUUUAAUUGUGCUAGUCUUUGCGUGGAGACUCACUUGUUGAUCAAAGUUUCAAUCAGGGUCUGUGCCUACAGACUAGUCCAUACCUACCGAGUGUUCCUACAUAAUAUAUAGGGAUAUUCCUUUUUGGGGGGAAAGGACAAUUGCUGUUUAAAAGUGUGUAUUCGUAUUUCUGUCAGAAAUGUGUAUGUAGUAUUGAAUAGGAACUUUAAGAAUGCUCCUAUUUCCUGGCUAUCGGUGUUGGCAGGUAUGCUUCAUUUUUUUUUUGCUGCAGGAGUGUUUCAUUUAAUUAUAAUUUAAGAUUUUCACUCUUUUUAAAUUGAAUAAUCAUUUGAUCAGACCACAUAUUUUAUUAUUUUAAAAUAUGAUGAAUUAUAUGAUUUCUAUUAUCUACAUGUAUGCAUUGUUUUUUGUAGUGUAUUAAUGUAUCGUGGUGACCCCUUUUUAUAGGCAUUGCUUUUGAAUAAAUAAAUUGAAUAUUCAUUCAUUCCUGAAGAUACAAUUUAAUUGUUAACAUCAAUUUGCAGUACUUAUAAACAGUCUUAUUGGCAAUCGCAGGGCCCUGCAUCACGGAUAGAUACAAAUAAUAUUUACAAUCGAUUGUAAUUUGGAUUAUAUGAUUUAUCUGGGACUUGUAACAACAAUCAAAUGGGCCUUGAUCGCCGACAUGUAUUCUGAAUGAGUAGAAAAAAGAAAUAAUGAAGUAAUGUAAAUAUUUCUAAUUACAUGUAUUUCAGAAAAUUGUAAAUGAGCAAUAAAUUAUUAUAUACCUAUGAAA